CUUGAGCUCCAGCCUUCCCCGAGCAGCAAGCAACGACCACGAAACAUUACGAAGCACGACUCCGAAACGAUCGAUUACCCAUACUUUUGCAAACUCAAGGAAACACCACUAAAUCGCCAUCAUGGAGUUUGGUAACGCUGGAGUAUUGAAUGAAGGUGCGUUGGAACUCUUUCGUCAUAGCUUGGCCUUGUCGAUAUGGAAGCUUACAGAUAUCACCAGAUGGUAUCCAUGUUGAUAUGGAUCGCCUGAAGAAGGGAGAGGUCAACCUGGGAACCUCGAUUAUGGCGGUUACUUUCAAGGACGGUGUCAUUCUUGGUGCGGAUUCACGAACAACGACCGGUGCCUACAUCGCAAACCGAGUGACAGACAAGUUGACGAGAGUACACGACACUAUCUGGUGCUGCCGAUCUGGCUCAGCUGCCGACACACAGGCUGUUGCCGACAUUGUUCAAUACCAGCUUGGACUCUUUGCCAUGACCAAUGGCAAGCCCCCCAUGACACAGACCGCUGCAUCAAUCUUCCAGGAGAUCUGCUACGCCAACAAGGACCGCCUGUCGGCUGGUCUCAUCAUUGCUGGUUGGGAUGAGCGAUUCGGUGGCCAAGUUUAUUCUAUUCCCCUCGGCGGUUCCCUUCACAAGCAAUCCUAUGCCAUCGGCGGUUCAGGAUCGACUUACAUCUACGGUUACUGUGAUGCCAACUGGCGAGAAGGCAUGGAGAAGGAUGAUGCAGUCAACUUCGUCAAGGGAGCAUUGAGGGAGGCCAUCAAGUGGGACGGUAGCUCUGGUGGUGUCAUUCGUAUGGUCGUCCUCACCAAGGACGGUGCGGACCGACAUUUGUAUCUCCCUGAUACCGACUACGCCGUGCGGCACGAGUAAUGGUCCUUCUUGAACAGGACAAAUUGAGGAAAGGAGAAACGACUUAGCAUGAGCAGUGCUACUAUGAAACCCGUCAUGACAAAGGGUGUGCGAACGAGGGAGAGGCUUUCCAUGGGCACCCCUGAUU